AUGGAGGUGUCGUUACUGUUUACAAUGUGGUUUUUGGCUACAUGUACAACUCCGACUCACUCUAAAACAAUAGCCAUAAAAGACCACAGCUUCGUCGGGGAGGAUCUGACAUUGACAGAAGAACUAGCUCGAAGAAUGGGAUUGAACGCUACUUUCAACCCUCCGAUGAUCAAAGAAAUCGACAUAGGUCUCCCGGAAUACCUCACGAUUGACGAGAGCGCCUACAUAAAUAGAACUCUCCGAAGAACGGGCUAUGACAACGAGAAUGACCCUCACGAAUACACUUUGAAUUUCAAAAUCUUGGACAUGAUGCGUCAGGACGUCUACUACACUCAAUUCCGCGUCGGCCACUUGCACAGAAAACUAAAAAGAUAUUUCACUAGCCCGGAUUUUAGAUUGUCGUACAUUUUCGGUAAGCUGGACGAAUGGCUCUAUGACAUGAAAGUGAUUUGGACUGUAGCUUCCAAGACGCGCGAGUUCAAUAACGACGAGAAGCUGAGGAGAUUCAGGGUUUAUAAGCAGAUGUUGUAUUACACUCACAUGUUGCGGCGAAAUGUUGACAUCACUUAUACUGUCGAAGAUCUGAUUAAAAUCCACAACGAGAUAUACCAGAAGAGGAAAAAGUUGCUCGAUUCAGAUUGA